AUGGGGCACGUGAACCUGAGGAAAUGCGGCUUCUCUUGGAGCAGUCCGAAGGAGGAAAACAAACAGGAGCACCUUAGGGCCGUGAACCUCGACGUGCGGCCAGGCUCCCUGGUGGGCGUCGUCGGCUUCGUGGGCAGCGGCAAGUCGUCGCUCCUGGCGGGAAUCCUGGGAGAGAUGCCCUGCACGGUUGGGCGGGUCGUUUGCACGGGUCGCAUCGCAUACGUGCCGCAGCUAGCGCACGUGCACAACAUGACAGUUCGCGACAACAUACUGUACGGGAAACCAAUGGACGACGACUUCUAUGACGAAGUGAUCGCCUGCUGCAGACUCAUCGACGACCUCAAUCGACUCCCCGCUGGAGACCUGACGGAGAUCGGCGAGAAGGGCGGCAACCUGAGUGGCGGCCAGAAGCAGCGCAUCUCACUCGCCCGUGCAGUGUACAGCCGUAGCGACGUUUACCUGCUCGACGACCCGUUGAGUGCCUUGGAUCCCGUGGUCGGCAACAGCGUCUUCCAGACCGUUAUUGGAAACACGGGCAUGCUCGGCAACAAGACCCGCAUAAUGGUGUGCAACCAAGGCAGCUACCUGCGCUACAUGGACAAGGUGGUGCUGGUGCAUGGAGGGAGCAUCCGCGUCUACACCAACGUGGACGACCUGCUCGCGGACCCCGACUCGCCGGAGACGCUCAGGGACACGGCCCACGCCGAAGCCACGCACUCGUUCGACGACGAAGGCACAGAGACUAAGGGAGGUCAAGAGAACGAAUCGGCGGGCCGUGUCACUGAAAAAGAACAGCAAGGUUCGAACAAGUCGGCGUUCAACAUUCUGUGCGCCCUGGUGCGGCUGUCCGGCUGGCAGGCAAUGGUGGCUCUCGCAGUGUUCGCGCUGAGCGCGACGCUCCUCACUCUCCAGCAGCUGUGGAUCAAGGUGUGGACGGACGUGUCAUCGGCCCACGACGAAGAGACGUCCGAGCACGACGACGACGACGCCCUCGAAGCGCAUCGGACCUCAUGGGUAGGGGUGCUGGUCGGACUGUGCGUCUUCGAUGUGGUGUGCCGAAUAGUCGGGGGCCUCCUGUUGGCGGCCAGCAGCCGCUGCCUCUCGGGGCGUCUGCACAGCGCCAUGCUGCAGCACGUCCUAGGCAGUCCGGUAUCACUGUUCGACUCGUCGCCCCGGGGCCGAAUCCUGAACCGGUUCUCGGCCGAUAUGGACUUCGUGGACUCGCGCACCUUCCUGAGCGGCAAGCAGACCGUGCAGAGCGUGCUCUUCACCGCGUCCAAGGUGGUCGUCAUCGCCACCCAGUCGCCCAACGUGCUCGCCGUCGGCGCAGUCGCUGUGCUCGUCGUCUUCUUCGGACUGAAACUAUCCGUGAGCGCCUCCUACAGGGCGCGCUUCUUCGAGAGCGUGGUGCUGUCGCGGCUCCUGGCGCACGUCACCGAGACGCUGGAGUGCCUGAGCAGCCUGCGAGCCUAUGGCGUGGUGCGGCGGGCCUGCGACCGCUUCUGCCACCUGGCGGACGCCAACACGCGUGGCUACUCUGCCUUCUGCGACACUUACAAGUUCACGCGCGUCAUCACCUCCACGUGCGGGUUCGUCGUCGUGCUCGCCACGCUGCUACUCAACGUCGUCUUCGUCGACAAGUGGGACUCGAGCCGCAUCGGCCUCGCCAUGAGCUCGGCAUCGUCGGUGCCGCUUGCCAUGAUGUACUUGUGCGUGCUCCUCUUCAACAUGCUCCAGAUGGUGGUCAGCUUCGAGCGGUGCCUCGAGUACUCGCAGCUUCCGCAAGAGCCCGACGUAGCGGAAGACAUGACGGAAGAGAAGAAGGAUGCUCUAAUGAGUUCCCUCUCAGACUGGCCCUCCGAUGGCGCUGUCGAGUUCAAGGACUACUCGGCCUCGUAUCGACCAGGAAUCCUGCCUAACGUGCUGAGCAACGUUACCUUAACCGUGCUGCCCAUGGAGAAGGUGGGGGUGGUUGGCAGGACAGGUGCCGGAAAAUCUUCGCUCGUGCUGGCGCUGCUGCGGGUGCUGAAGCCAUCGGAGGGACGGAUACUCAUUGACGGUGUCGACAUCGCGGACGUCCCUCUGAAGAAGCUCCGCAGUAGCAUUACUGUCAUACCGCAGACUACGUCCUGCACCCUGGUCAUGAACACGUUGUAG